CAAUAUUCUUUUUCCUUUUUUGUUGCGUCUGUGUUUGUUCUACUGUCAUUAUAGCAUCCUCAAUAGUGGUGCUGCUUGCUGCUUGCGGCGCGCACGCAGCCUCAUUGCAUUUCGUUGCUCUUCCUCCUGUCGGGUGCCUGUGAGCCAGUCGAAAAGUAGCCUGUCGUGGCCAGCACAGCUCCCGCGCCAGGGCCUCGAGAAACGACCGCUGCCAAACCACAGACACGAGCAGGACUCCAGAGAGCUCUCUCCACCUUGCUAGAUCACCAGUCAUGGCUUUCUCGAACACGCUCAGCGGCCGUAUGGAGGAACUGCGAUUCCCAAGCCUGCGAUCACCCGAAGCAGAUGGUACAUUCAGCCCCAAUGGCUCGUCCACAAGAGAACAAAGCCCUUUCUUCCCGAGUGUACAUACCUCAUCCAACGAUGCGCGUGCGAGUUUGCAAAGACGAUUUACAACGGACUCGAGUAAGAUGCCUGUCGCGAGGCCAUUUGGACAACAGUAUUCCUCUAUCACUCCAACUUCGGUAAAGAACAAGCAGAUCUACGACGAUAUCCAAUCCGCCAAACGCAAAGCUGAAGAGCAAUUGCGGUUCUUGGAGGCGCAAGAACGCAAUUUGCAACUAGGAUCCAACACCCAAGAUCUCGACCGGAUCUCUACGAGAAUGAGCCGAAUGAGCUUCAAUGGCCCUGUCAGCGAGCCAACAACUCCUCCCGAGUAUGCUGACAGCGGCUUGAGCAACCGUUAUUCGCGUUCGAGCAGGUUGUCUAUGAACAGCGUCAUCUCGCCCCCAGGACUUAGCAAUCGACUCUCGCAAUCCAGCUCUUUUCUCACCUCUCCUCCUGCUAACCGCCUUUCGGCAAAUGGUCUCCUGAGCCAAAGCCAGAAACCCUCCGCGAAGUCAGUUCCUGGUUCACGUCGUGGAUCUGAUGAGGACGAGUAUUAUCCCGAAGACCUGAGCAAUACUCGAGCUGCUACGCUUAACCGCUUCUCCAUGCCCGUAAAUAGCAGUCGCCAACCGCGUCUGAGUGUCAGCAGCACCACUCACCACUCUUUCGGUCCUGUCUCUUCGGCUACAAGCUUCCUCUUCGAUACUGAAGACGAUGACAAACACCUCUCUCUCAACGCGAUUGACCUGAAGUCACCGGUGGCAAAGGCGUUUGCUCAACUCGAGGGCGACGAUACUUUCCCCACUCUGACCAGCGACGGUCUCAAGCUAUCUGCCAAUUCUGCAGCUCUUGAUCUUGCCAAUUCAAGAGAUCCAGACCUCGACUGGACCCUUGGUUUCCGCUACAAACCGGGCCACCAGAGCAUGCCACACACUGAUUCGUCCAUGUACCGACCUGUUCUCAGCAAUCUGAGCCUCAACAGUCCUAUCGCAGAUCGAUCAGGCGAGCCGUCGCGCCGUAAGUCGCAGCGCCAUUCCAUGGGUGUGACCUUUGAAGAUAAUUCACUUCUGCCCUCCAAUCUUUCCAACACUCGGCCCGCUUCCCUUCAGACUUCUUACUCUACCAACGACGUGCCGACUGUCAAGAAAGCAUUGACUCUCGACACAGUUUCGACUCCUUCCAAGACUCACGCGGAGCAACAAUUCCACAACCACAACGUCAGUUUGGGACGAAUUCCUGCCAACGCUGUGACUAACCGUCAGAGUCGCGAAGUGGCAAACGGUGGAAGCAAGCUUGAGGACAAAUCAGGCAACCCAACAUCGUCGAUCUCAAACCUUCACGCAAGUGCUGCGCCAUUCAGUACUACCUACCCCACGGCUUCUGACAACGCGCUGAAUACGAUGAGUAGCCCGACUUCUACCAUGGCACCUCAACCAUACACAUACAACAUGCAGACCUACAAUGUCAGCCAGAUGAACCCGUCGGCUCCUGUGGGUGGACCUGUCCAGGCUUAUAGCCAAGGUCAGGGUAUGUACAACAUCAACAGUGCCUACAAUGCUCAACUUCAACGCUCUGGAACUGGCCGUCGCAACCAUGCAGAUGAGGCUCGCUUUAACAACGUCCCACUUGAGUCGUACCGCGGCAAUCUCUAUGAGCUUUGCAAAGACCAACAUGGUUGUCGCUAUCUUCAGCGCAAGCUCGAAGAUGGAAAUGAAGAGCAUAUCCAGGCCAUCUUCGUGGAGACUUGCCCUCACAUCAUUGAGCUCAUGACUGAUCCAUUUGGUAACUACUUAUGUCAGAAGUUGUUCGAGCACUGCAAUGAUGAACAGCGUACUACCCUGAUCAAUGCUGCCGCGCCUGCCCUGACAAGCAUUGCACUCAACCAACAUGGCACACGCGCAUUGCAGAAGAUGAUUGAGUUUGUUAAUCUUCCAGAACAAGUCGACACGAUUAUCCAAUCGUUGACUCCACGUGUGGUCGAUCUUGUUCAGGAUCUCAACGGCAACCACGUUGUGCAGAAAUGCCUCACUCGUCUCGGCGCAGACCGGUCUCAAUUCAUCUACGAUGCUGUUGGCAAAUUCUGUGUGGUGGUCGGCACUCAUCGCCAUGGAUGCUGUGUUCUUCAACGCUGCAUCGAUCAUGCCCAGGGUUUCCAACGUGCCCAGCUUAUUGCCAGAAUCACUCAUUGUGCUUUUGAUCUUGUCCAAGAUCCUUUCGGCAAUUACGUCGUUCAGUAUAUCCUGGACCUAGAUGAGCCAGCCUUCACCAAACCCUUGUGCGACGCCUUUGCCGGUCGUAUCCCUGCAUUGUCCAAACAGAAGUUCAGCUCCAACGUCAUCGAGAAGUGUCUGCGCAGUGCCGACACUGAGACCAAGAAAGCCAUGAUCGAAGAGAUGAUAAUGGGUCCGGAACUUGAGAAGAUGCUGCGCGAUGCAUUUGCGAAUUACGUGGUUCAAACUGCGAUGGAGUUCGCUGAUCCGCAGACCAAGAUGCGUCUGGUCGACUCAAUCCGCCCGAUCCUUCCAUUGAUCAAACAAACUCCACAUGGUCGUCGCAUUGCAAGCAAGAUCAUGGGCAACGAGGUUGUUCAGAGCCGUGCCAAUGCUGCUACAAACGAGAACAUUCUUGCAAGCUUCACCGGAAGUCGUGCCAACAGUCGACGCAAUGUCCAGAUUGUUGGUGGUGGCUUCAACACACUGCGUGCUCCGAACGGUUAUGGAGACGAAAAUGUCGGAUCCAACGGAUUUGGCAUGAUGCCCCGUAGCGAUGUGGCUCCCAUGUACAAUGACAAUGCCUAUGGUACCGAUCUUGGCCAGAACGGUUAUCCCAGAUAUCUCAAUGGCCCCAACAAUAUGCUUUGAAAAAGCGUACCAUCACAACAUAUCAGCGCCGACACGAUUACGAGUCACGACAUAAUGACUACUCAAUUUCCCCACGGCACGUGCUCAAGACAUUAGCGACGAAGAACGAUUACGUUUCAUCUUGACGUGUCCUUUGCGACGACUGUAACAACUCAAAAAGGAUUUCAAAAUUUCAUGACACACAUUACGGCCCAACUCAAUAUUGUAUUAUGCAUCCGAGGCUAGCUAUUAGUCCAGUAUCAGUCUGGCAGGAAGUCAGAGGAUUGACAUGGAUGAUGGUUGGUUUGCACAGCAAGUCUUUUUUUUCCCUUGUGUUUUCGGUUUUCAUCAUGGCUGGCGAGGUUUAUGGUAUCUCUUGGAACAAAACAAACAAAAAAAUAUGUGACAUGCCUCACGAGCCUUGGAAAGGCAGCUCAUUCCUGACAGCAUUGGCAUUUAAGGCGAGCUUCAUGCUGCACCAUUGGCAUUGCACAUACUGGAUACGAAGAGUUGCUUUUCAUCAUGGAGAAGAGAAAUUGGUUUAUGUAUGUAUUCACACCGCAGCAAGUCUCCUUGAAUAGACCCCCUCUUGGGGCAAAUGGUCCUGUACCAUCAGACAGGCUAGACUUCAUUAGCUAGAAAAUUGUAUCCUAGAG